UUAGAGGAGCGCUUCCAAUUUCUUCGGAGGGUCUUCCGUGUCAUCCGUUAUCUAGUCAAUGGCUAACACCUUUGAUUGGCAGGCAUAUUGACCUAUCAACGCUCUUCGUCAAACUCCAGUUGGGAAAAAAAAAGUUCGUAAAGUUUGUUAGAAAUUUGGCGGUGAAGAAAGUCAUAACGGGCCAUUAUUUGUAAGGUUGUGUGUGUCCUGUCCAUCCUAUGUGGCACAGAUGUGUGCAUGGGACAUGUUUAUGACCGGCACAAACGUUCAGGGGAUGAAGGGGCUUCAGCAAGGAUGGAGUCUCGCUCCAUGCCUUCCAGUGGGCCUACCUUUGGCUCUUGUAGGAACAGGUGUUUUGAGUUGGAUGAGGCACAGCCACCAAACUGUCGCUGUGACAACCUGUGUAAGACCUACAACAGCUGCUGCCCCGACUUUGAACAGCUCUGCCUCAGGACGGAGGGUGGGUAUGAGUGCACUAAGGAUCGCUGUGGGGAGACUCGGAAUGAACAGCACGCUUGCCAUUGCUCUGAGGACUGUCUGACCAGAGGAGACUGCUGUACCAACUAUAAGACUCUGUGUAAAGGAGACACUCCCUGGCUGCAAGAUGAAUGUGAGGAGAUAAAGACCCCUGAAUGCCCUGCUGGGUUUGUGCGUCCACCCCUUAUCAUGCUAUCAGUGGAUGGAUUCAGAGCUUCUUACAUGAAGAGGGGCACCACAGUUAUCCCCAACAUUGAGAAACUCAGAACAUGUGGUACCCAUUCCCCGUACAUGAGACCAGUUUAUCCUACCAAAACCUUCCCCAACCUCUACACUCUUGCUACGGGCCUGUACCCGGAGUCUCAUGGCAUUGUUGGUAAUUCCAUGUAUGACACUAUUUUUGAUGCCACCUUCACUCUGAGAGGAAGAGAAAAACUCAACCACCGCUGGUGGGGAGGACAGCCUAUCUGGAUCACAGCAGUGAAUCAGGGAGUUAAGGCUGCCUCCUUCUUUUGGCCCAUUGCCAUCCCUUUGGAGAGGAGGAUACUUACCAUGCUGCAGUGGCUCCACCUCCCCGAAGGAGAGAGGCCCUAUGUUUACGCCAUGCAUUCUGAGCAACCGGACACAUAUGGACACAAACUUGGGCCCUUGAGCAUAGAAUUGAAUAAUCCCCUGAAGAUGAUUGACAGGAUCGUUGGCCAACUGAUGAAUGGCCUUAAGCAGAUGAAACUGCACCGCUGUGUCAACAUCAUCAUGGUGGGAGACCAUGGUAUGGAGGAGGCCCAUUGUGACAGGACCGAGUUCCUCAGCAAUUACAUGUCCAGUGUUGAUGACAUCAUCCUUAUCCCCGGGUCACUUGGCAGAAUACGCACCAGACACUCCAACAAUCCUAAAUAUGACCCAAAGGCUGUGGUUGCAAAUCUAACGUGUAAGAAAGCAGACCAGCACUUUAAGCCAUACUUGAAGCAGCACCUGCCAAAGAGACUGCAUUAUGCCAAUAAUCGACGUAUUGAAGACAUUCAUCUACUUGUUCAGAGGAAGUGGCACGUUGCGAGAAAAGUCCCUGAAAGUAGAAGGAACUGUGGCUUCUACGGCGACCAUGGAUAUGACAAUAAGAUCAACAGCAUGCAGACAAUUUUCUUGGGAUAUGGACCAACAUUUAAGUUCAAGACUAAAGUUCCAGCCUUUGAAAACAUUGAGCUUUAUAAUGUGAUGUGUGAUCUACUGGGUCUAAAACCAGUUCCCAACAAUGGAACCCAUGGCAGUCUAAACCACCUGCUGAGAGGGCCCCCCCACAGACCCACCAUGCCAGAGGAAGUGUCCAGGCCAGCACCUCCUAGCGGUAUUCUCACAGGAACAGAUGAUUUGGGCUGCACAUGUGAUGACAAGAGAUUGUUUCAAUCUCCAAUCUUUUUGCAGUUGCGUGUAAAAAGUAGGGGCCAGAGAGGUUUGAAAGUGACCCUUGUACGAGGCUAUAACCUGGAGUCACUCUGGCUCUGUCUCUUACAGAACAAAGUGGAGGAGCUAAACCAGCGACUGAGGCAAGCUAUUGAUGACAGUAGGAACCUGCCAUACGGUCGACCUGCUGUUUUGUUCCGUACCAAAUAUUCCAUCCUCCACCACAGUGAUUACAUCAGCGGUUACAGUGAGGCUCUCUCUAUGCCCCUCUGGACCUCCUACACUGUUGGCAGGCAGGUAGAAGUAUCCCCCCUGCCCGAGGGCCUUUCUAACUGUGUGAGACCUGACACCCGUGUCCCACCAGCCUUCAGCCAGUCAUGUACCAAUUACAGAGCAGACAAACAAAUCACCUACGCGUUCCUGUACCCACCACAGCUGUCCACAACCAUGGAAGGAAAAAAUGAUGCUGUCCUUAUCACCAACACCGUUCCCAUGUAUCCUGCAUUCAAGAGGAUAUGGGGCUACUUCCAGAGGGUACUAGUGAAGAAGUAUGCCAUGGAGAGAAAUGGAGUGAAUGUGGUCAUUGGACCCAUAUUUGACUAUGAUUAUGAUGGUCUCAGAGACACAGCUGAGAAGAUGAGACAGUAUGUAACUGGCACAAUACCCAUUCCCACCCAUUACUUUGUGGUAAUGACCAGUUGUCUGGACUUCACACAAGCGGCCGAUUCCUGCGCUGGCCCUCUCAGCAGCUUUGCGUUUAUCCUUCCACACAGGCCUGACAACGAUGAAACAUGUAAUAGCUCAGAGGAUGAGUCUCGUUGGGUGGAGGACCUGAUGAAGAUGCACACGGCUCGCGUCAGAGAUGUGGAGAUCCUGACAGGCCUGGACUUCUACCGCAGAACCAACCGCAGCUACUCUGAGAUUCUCUCCCUGAAGACCUACAUGCACACCUACGAGAGUGAGAUCUGACAGGCUGCAGUGCACAGUUUUUUUUAUACCACGCAGACAGUUUUAAGAACUGAAUUACAAAUUAUGAAUUAUGAAUUACUACUGCACUCAACAACUUUCACAUGCAACUUUUCCUUGGGGCUUUAGCCCAAGACCAAACUCUUGCCUUUAUAUUGCAGGGCAUUUUUCCAACUGUGGUGGAUGCUUGUGGAACCACAAAAACUUUUGAAAAUCUGUUUUCACACUAUCCUAUUGUACUACCUUUUCUUUUUUUUUGUGACACCAGUCUUUGCUUGUACAGAAUGCUACAGCUCUCACCUGUAUCUGCUCUGCAGCAUCCGUUUUAUGUCCCAUAACCUAAGGAUUCAAUUUAUGGACACAAAAAGUGUGUAACAGGAAUAGCCUCUAUGAAGGGAUGACUUAUAACACCACUGAGUUAGCUCAGAGGACAAAACACCACUAUAGUAGCUGUGUGGUACAGUCCAGUUAAGUUUGUUUCUGUAAAACAGUAGUGAAGGAAGACGUUGCGCCUCAAUCCCAGUUCUCCUGUCCUUUAUUUGUUUGCAGUCAGUAAAGUCAGUCAAAUUCUCAACAGGCUGAAUUUAUAAUGCCCACCAGCAGGGGGAAUCGCAAGAAAAUUACUAAUUUGAGAAAACAGUAGCUUAAUAUAAUGUUCUUUUUAGAUAUCAAAAACAAAACAGGAAAUGUAUGGUUUAGCAUUUUUCAUGCAGUUUUCACUGGCUGCCUUACUGCCAUACAAAGUCAUUUCACAUACUUCUUAUUCUAGUAGUCCUGUGUCAGAGUUGACACAAUUUUGUAAUAGUAUGUGAAAAUGGUUCAUAAUGUGAUUCUUUAAUACAGGUUGAUCCCAGGUAUCUCAACAAACACUGUCAAAAUAAUACCUCUGUAAAAGGGGAAUCAAAGAUGGGAUUGCAUUCUCUAAACAUCUGACAUAUAUUGCAUUUUAUAUUUUUUACUUUUCCAAAAAAUGAGUUUUGCCUGAGUCAGUAAUAUUUCUUGUACCCAUAAAAAUCGCAGCAUAUAAAGCAACUGAUCAUACAGACUGAAAGAUGCACUCUUGUCAUUAUAACCAAAAUAGCUUCAUGUGGAUUUUAAACAAACUGUUUGUUUGAAAUCAUGUAAUCUGACCUCAAAUUUUAUUUGUAUAAAAAAAUCUUGUAUUUCAGAUGUAUAAAAGAAAUCAAGUGAUCCUUUUAAAGCAGUUAACAUAUCCCUCCAUUGAUUGCUGGGCUGGAGUCAGGAUUGUCUCACUCAAGUCAAAGACAAUGCAUGGAGUAUUUGAGGCUAAUUCAAAACCAAAGCAAUUAAUUUUAUAUAUAUAUAUAUAUGACCAAAGAACAAAUCUCUAUCAAAAAGAGUCAGAACCCCAAACAAGAGGAACAUAUUCAGUCUCGAGAUAUGGCUUCGAGGUGAAGAAUGGAUUUGAGUAUAACAGAUUGUGUAUUUCUGCCUGUUUCAAUGAAGUUAACUAUUUUACUACGCUGUGUAGUCCCAUUCUGUUUUUGGCAAAAUAUUCACAAAUGGUUAACUACAUAUCCUCAUCAACUGUUUGUAUAACACUUUCCCAUAUUUGGUGAAUGACUGGAAUGAAAUUUGCCUAAUGUUAGUAAUGUGAUAGUACUGCAAUGUAAAAUUGUGUGAUGUUGUUGUACAUAUGCGCACAUUUGUGUGUACGCAUAGGUGUAUGUGUGUGUGUUUGUGUGUGUGUGUGUUUGUGUGUGGGGGGGAAUUUAUUAAUUCAAGAAACUGUUUCUGUUCUGUUGUGAUGUUUUUAUUGUGCCAGAUUUUGAACACUGUUAAUUACGGUAAUAACAAUGUAGGGUUUUGUAAUAUUGUCUCAAAAAGCCACCUGUGUGUUUGACUAAUUUAUGCCUUAUGUUAAGACCUGAAAUUUCACUUCAAUAAACAUGUUUUUAUACUAAAUAACUUGUGAUUUAUAGUCAAGUCAAAUAAGGCUGCCUUUUCGGCCUGUAUGUAGGAGGAACCUGACUUAUUAGGAAAUAAAUUCAUUCAUU